ACCAAAGCUAAAGCGUUCAAACAUAUUUCCCAGAAAAAUAUGGCAAGUAAUAAUUUUCCAUCACAAAGUCAUCUUCUAGUAAUAAUAAUAUUUAUCACAACUCUUUUAACUCCGAUCACAACCAACAACACAUCACCACAACCAUGGAAUAUCCUUUCCAACGACAACUUCGCCGGAAAACUGACCUCCGCAUCCUCCUCCGUCGAAGCAGCUGCCAUCGAUUUCGGCCACGUCACCAAAAUUCUACCCUCAGCCGUCUUAAACCCUUCCUCCGUCCAAGACAUCAUCGAUCUCAUAAAACUUUCUUUCGACUCUCAAUCCUCUUUCCCUAUAGCCGCUCGUGGCCACGGACACAGCUUCCGUGGCCAAGCCGCUGCUAAAGACGGAGUCGUGGUCAACAUGCGGUCAAUGGUAAACGAGGACCGAGGCAUAAAGGUGUCUAGGACCGGUUUAUAUGCGGAUGUGGACACUGCAUGGCUAUGGAUUGAGGUGUUGAAUAAAACGUUGGAGUUGGGGUUAACGCCUGUUUCUUGGACGGACUAUUUGUAUUUAACGAUCGGUGGAACGUUAUCCAACGGCGGAAUAAGCGGACAAACGUCUCGGUACGGUCCACAGAUCAGUAAUGUUCUAGAGCUGGAUGUUAUUACUGGAAAAGGGGAGAUUGCAACUUGUUCCAACGACACGAACUCAGAUCUUUUCUACGCGGCGUUAGGAGGUUUGGGUCAAUUCGGAAUUAUAACAAGAGCCAGGAUUAAACUCGAAUUAGCUCCAAAAAGGGCUAAAUGGUUAAGGUUUCUAUACACUGAUUUCUCUGAAUUCACAAGAGAUCAAGAACGAUUGAUAUCAGAAACGGACGGUUUACAUUUCUUGGAAGGUUCCGUUAUGCUUGACCAUGGCCCACCUGAUAACUGGAGAUCUACUUACUAUCCACCGUCCGAUCACUUGAGGAUCGUCUCAAUGAUCAAACGAUACCGUGUCAUCUACUGUCUCGAAGUCGCCAAGUAUUACGACGAAACUUCUCAACACUCAGUCAACGAGGAAAUUGAGAAGUUAAGCGAGAGUUUGAACUAUGUAAGAGGGUUUGUGUACGAGAAAGAUGUGACGUAUAUAGAUUUCUUGAACCGGGUUCGAACGGGAGAGCUAAACCUGAAAUCCAAAGGCCAAUGGGAUGUUCCACAUCCAUGGCUUAAUCUCUUUGUACCAAAAUCUCAGAUUUCAAGAUUUGAUUAUGGUGUCUUUAAGGGUAUUAUCCUUAGAAAUAACAUCACUACCGGUCCACUUCUUGUUUAUCCCAUGAAGCGCAUUAUGUGGAAUGAUCAAAUGUCUACCGCUAUACCCGAAGAAGAUGUAUUUUAUGCGGUAGGGUUCUUACGAUCUGCCGAGUUUGACAAUUGGGAGGCUUAUGAUAAAGAAAAUAUGGAGGUAUUAAAGUUUUGUGAGGAUGCUAAAAUGGAUGUCAUACAGUAUCUUCCUUAUCAUGCAUCACAAGAAGGAUGGGUUAGACAUUUUGGUCCGAUGUGGAAUACUUUUGUAGAGAGAAAAUAUAGAUACGAUCCUAAAAUGAUAUUGUCUCCAGGACAAAAUAUAUUUCGAUAAAUAAACUUGUGUUAGGCAAUAAUUAUGUUAAUUGUUAGUCGUUGUCGUUCUCACUUUAUGUGUUUGGCCACGCUUUUCAUUGAUUCUGAUUGCUAUAUUUACUUUAGACUA